CGGGGAGUGUCCGGCCGGAAGUGACGUCACCGUUCACCUGCUGCUGGCUGGGCAGAGCCGGGAGGCAGCCUGGAGUGAGCCGGGGAGACGACACUGCGCUGGGCGGCUGUACCUGAUACCGUGUACCUCACACCUCACUGCGGACACUAAACACUCACUGCCCCGGACGGAGCGGAGAUUACCGCGGGAUGGCUUUACUAGUGCGGUUCUUGUUCAUCAUCCUGAGCUGCGCCUUGUUGGACGCUUUAGAGAUCCUUCCAUCAACCAAUAAAUAUGAUGGGAUACAAGGCGAUAGCAUCGUUCUGGAGUGCAAGUUCACUCUGGUGCCAGAAGAUAUAGCAACGUUGGAUAUUGAAUGGUUAUUGGUGGCACCUGAUGCCCAACAAUCAGAUCAGAUGGUAAUUACAUACAAUGGAAAAUCCUAUCCUCAGGCCGGGCCGCUGCAGGGCAGAGUGGACUUUGUGUCCCCUAAUCCUGAAGAUGGCGACGCAUCCAUAAAAAUUACUAACUUGAAGCAAUCCGAUGCUGGUACUUAUCAGUGCAAGGUAAAGAAGCUCCCGGGAUCGCGGAACAUGAAAGUGACGCUGAAUGUCUAUGUCAAGCCUGCAAAAACGAGAUGCUAUGUUGAAGGAACGCAGGAGAUCGGACGAGAUCUUGAUCUGAAGUGUCAGACCAAAGAAGGGUCUUUACCGCUCACAUACAACUGGCAGAAAAUCAGCGGUCUGGAAAAGCUCCCACCAACAGCAACCGUUGAUUCAACAGGAGGUGUACUUACUAUAAAAAAUGCUUCUCAGGAGUAUAGCGGUACAUACCGAUGCAUGUCCAGAAACAAAGUCGGCACAGACGAAUGCAUAGUCAUCCUCAACAUUGUGCCUCCUGCUAAUACGGCUGGUAUUAUUGCCGGAGCGAUCAUUGGGACCUUGUUGUUCCUUAUUGUAUUGGGAAUUUUGGUGUUUUUCUGCUGUAGAAAACAGAAGGAGAAAAAAUAUGAAAAAGAAAUACAGCAUGAAAUCAGAGAAGAUGUGGCACCUCCCAAAAGCCGUGCUUCAACUGCACGUAGCUACAUAGGAAGCAACAUUGGAAGCAAUCACUCAUCACUAGGUUCUUUGUCCCCAUCAAAUAUGGAUGGUUACUCCAAGGCUCGAUACAACCAAGUACCCAGCGAAGUGAUGGAGAGGCCACCAAGCAACACACCAAACUAUGUACCGCCUAAGGUAGCUGGUCCAAAUCUUAGUAGAAUGGGAGCCAUCCCUGUCAUGAUCCCAGCACAAAACAAGGAUGGCUCAAUAGUUUAAGUCCUCGCUUGAUCUUGUGAAUAAUAAGUUGUUGUCUUGGCGUCCUCAGACUCUACAUUGGUCUUGUUACUCCCUUACAUUCCAUAAGGACACCUCACGCUGGCUUGAUAUGGAGGGACAGCUCCACUCUUUCUUUGCAGUGAUAUGGCUGGCUCCGCACAUUUAUUAUUCUCUUUUAUAGACAUAUCACAUUAAGAUUAUUUUUUUUUUCCAGUUAGUAAAAACAAUUCAACCAGUUUCGGUCUAUGGGGGGGGAUUGGGCGCACAACUUGAAGUGAGCCAGUAUGUCCUAGAUUUCUGAUUUCUCUCAUGGGAGGUACCAGUCGAGUAUUAGCAUUUUUAUGUAUAGAUGUAUCAUUUUGUCUUUCAAUGAAAUGUAGUGUACAGAAGAUGAUCUUGUUUUCUAGAAAAGCCUUUGUCCGUAGCAUGACAUGUAUCGGAGUUGGUGUAAGUGCAAGAAUGAUGCUUGUUGCGUUCUUAUUUAUUUUGCUUCAGUGCUGACAAUGCAUGGUAAAGUCACUGGCAUGAAUCCUGGCAUGAAACUUUAGCUUCUGGCUAAUCCAGUAGGAUAUGAAGAGAUUGGUCAUUGUGGACGUCCAAAGCUCGGAGAUAAAAAAAAAAAAAAAAUAAUAAUUUGGCUAUAUAUGCCACUUAUAGUUGGUCAGUCAUCUAGAUUGUACAGGACAUGUGGCAUCUUUGUUCCUUUCCAAUGUCAAAGUAACCUUAUAUAUGUUGAUUUGAGACCAUUGAUUAAUGAGAACAUCAAUUUGGAGUUGGGUUGGAAACCCCAAUUAGUACUUUACAAUGUAUACACAGUCCUGGAGUGUUGGGCCUGAGGAAUGCACCAUGUAGUGAUGUCUUUGGACGUACAUCUUUAUAGGUAGGUACAGACGUGGUAAACAUUGACCCUUCUCAUCGAUGAUCACCAUAUCUGUAUUGGAAUAUAAUUUUGCCAAGUUCAGGGAGAUUUCCAUAGCUUUCUCACUGGCCGGGUCUUGGUGACCAGCUUUACCGUUACAGUGAAUUCAGUCAGUGUCGAUAGUCCUUUUUCUUAUUGCUGAUCCAGGUCUUUGUUUUACCGAUUGGCCAAAAAGUUAGUUCGUCUGUCUAGUAGUGAAGGUUGGUUAGAUUAUAUUACAUAUUAAAGGGGUACUCCACUGCCCCAGCCUUUGGAACAUUCUGUUCCGAAUGCUAAGUGCGGGCUGCGGUGGUCAUGACGUCACACCAUGCUUCCUCAAUGCAAGUCUCUGGGAGACUCCCAUAGACUUGCAUUGAUGGAGCGUGGUGUAACGUCACGACCACUGCAGCCCGGAUCCGGUGUUUGAAACUAAAUUUUCCGAACGCUGGGGCAGUGGAGUACCACUUUAAGACUCAUAGGUGACUCUGUAAAUACUGUCCUUAGUCAGGGUUGUUCCAGUACCACCACAGAUCUUUUAGGAAGCGCCACAGCAAAUGUUGUGCUAGUUGAACAUUUGCCGUAAUAUGAAGCCAGUUUCACAACUGCUCCAGAUCUGCCAUGUCGCAAUCUCCGUAAGAUGGUGCCUUUAUAAAAAAAAAUGAACCUUAUGCAGGAAUGUAACUCCGUGACCACACUCGUGCCUACAUUUGUCUUUAAGGUGCUUUAAAUGUGAAGGCACAGUCUUCAAGAUGGGAGCCCACCUUUCUAUGAUUGUCUCUUUAUUUUCGCCAUUGUCAUACCCAGGAUAUAUAUUCUAAAGACUUUUAUAAUUGGGGCCUUUGUAAGGCUUCGAACCCUCUAAUGUUCUUGAGUAUGACAAUGGCUUGAGUGUGUUUUUCUGCUCUUCUUGGCACAGUUUGUCAUUAAAUGGUAAAAAUCUUCUAAAAUAGUGGUGGCCCUAGUCUUGUUAAUGGGCACUGUCUGGGACUGCAACUCUCUUAAAUACUGUGUUUAGCUGCAAAAGCAGGCACAGCCCAUAGAUAAGAUUUGGCAUACCGUAUUUCUGGGAGCACUUGAAUACGUGGGUCAAUAACCUUUCCUCAAUGUGAAUUCCGGUUGAACUCCACUUUUCCACCCAAUUGCUCCCCUAUCGGUCAACUUCACUAUAAUUUGAUUUCUUAUAAAAUAUGAUGGACUGUGCCAUACUUGCUCUAAAGUGUAAUCUUGUGGGGAUUUAUCAAGACUGAUAAAUGAAAAGCGGAGACGCUCACAGCUACCAAUGGGAUUUGAUGGUCACAACAUUGGUAACUAUUCCACUUUCCCUUCGCAUCAAUCUUGAUAAAUCUCCUCCAUUGUGUUUUGUCUGAUUCAUCAGUUUUUAAUCCUUUUAUUUUAAUUUUAAAUUUUUUUUCUGUUACAAAUGUUUCACAAGUUGUAAAUUUGUCUGAAUAUUUAAAAAAAAAAGUUUAAAUGAAAUUGAAGCUUGUUUGAUUUUUCUUAAGACCUGAUUUGCUGAAUUCCCAAAGUAAAUAUGUAAAUACGAAAUAAUUUAUCAAUGGCCGAUCUGCUUUGAUGUAGUGACUGCAAGGAAGCCUCAUACGGCAAGCAGGCGAGUCUAAUGAAUCAGUGGCCGGCUCUUCACAUCGCAGUUGGGUCACAGUUUUUACUUGGACAGUUUUUCUUCAAAACAAAAAGUGGACACCGUGACCCAACUGCAGUUUGUGGACUAUUCCUUGAAGGGAAUGUCUACCAUUAAAUACCUUUUUUGUGUGUGACCUUUUCUGAUACAAAGUUGCAAAUCCCCUUUAAUUUUCCUUUAAAAGAAAACUGUCAGCUUGCUCCCCCCACACUAACCAGCGGUACUGGCUGGUAGUGCGGGGGACGCCGAUCAGU